AUGACCACAAAUACGUGUCUGGACUCGGGUCCCUGUCUCAUCCGGGAUGAUGACGAGAGAAAACUUCCUCCACUCAGCCGGUCAGAUGUUCUCAAUAUGCCUCAAUAUAUUCAUCAUCUGGCUCCGAAACCCCCGCCUGAGAUCAGCCACUCCGUUCCUAAAAACAAAAAUGUAAAACAGAGGUGUGUGAAGUUCACUGUGGCUGCUGUGAUCUCCCUGCUGCUGCUCCUGCUGCUGGCUGGAAUCCUCCUCGCUUAUUACUUCUCCUCGCCCUGUUUGCACGGGAUGCAGUGUGGAGAUGGGGAAUGUGUGUGGGAGUCCCAGUGGUGUGACGGGGUGACGGACUGUACUGCAGGCCAGGAUGAGGCUAACUGCGUGAGGCUGCAUGGUUCCACUUUCCUGCUCCAUAUCUAUUCGACUCAGAGUAGAAACUGGAGGACUGUUUGUUCUCACGGCUGGACAGAACAACAGGGCAGAGCAAGCUGCCAGAAUAUUGGAUACAGCAGGGACACGUAUUUUAAAUCAGGCCAGCAGAAGACUGACUCUGAUGAUGGAUUCUUACUUGUAAAGUCUGACUUCAACCCUGAGGCAUCCAUACUGCAGCAGCUUGUGCUCAGCGAUACCUGUCCCAACAACAGUGCUGUGACGUUGCGUUGUACUGACUGUGGCAGUGGGGUGAACUCCAGCAGGGCCUCUGGGGGUCAACUGGCCUCUGUAGGGGCCUGGCCAUGGCAGGUCAGCCUGCAGGUUGCGGGCUCCCACCGCUGUGGUGGAGCCGUCAUCUCCCCCUACUGGAUAGUCACUGCAGCACACUGUGUAGACAGGGCCUCCAGCCCUGGAGACUGGAUAGUGUAUGCUGGGAUUUUGGAUCCAUUAGAGACUCUGUUUAACCCUGCUUACUCUGUGAGCCACAUCAUUGCCCAUGAAGGCUACAACAGUCUCACUCGCAGGAAUGACAUCGCUCUGAUAAGGCUCUCUAAACCUCUGGACAUCACAGCCUCCAGUAACAUCGGACCUGUUUGCCUCCCAAAUGUUGGUCUGAACAUCACUGAUCACCAGAAGGGCUGGAUAACACACUUUGGUGGCACAGUAAGUGGAGGCUCUCUGUACCUGAUGGAGACUCAGGUCUCUCUCAUAGAUACUGCAGACUGCAACAACUCCAUCACUUACAAUGGCAGGAUAUCACAGGACAUGUUAUGUGCCAGAGAGAUGGACGCAGUAGCCGACAUGUGCCGUACUGACAGCGGUGGUCCUCUGGUGUCCCUGAAGGACGGAGUAUGGUGGCUCUUAGGGGACAAUAUCUGGGGCGAACACUGCACUGGGCAGGAGAGACCAGAUGUUUACGGCAACGUCACCUACUUUCUGGACUGGAUCCACCACCAGAUGAGGGUAAAAACCAAAGAAGGAUAG